CUCGUCGUCUCCUUCAGGCAUUGUUUAGAUUUCACAACGGAUGGUUUUCCCCUCGGAGCAGCGUGGGCAGAAAGCGCUUCAACUUCCUCUUUUCAUUGAGUGCUCCAUAAAUACAUCGCUUCACUUCAUCACAGCAGGUGCUCCCAUGAGAAAGCAGCUGUUCUACAGGUUCCUGCAGACUCCAGGAUGACCUUCACGUGGCUGUGUUUGCUCUUGGCUGCUCCUCUGCUGCUAAGCGCUGCCUCCUCAGAAUAUGUGUCAGUGAAGUGCAACGACACAGAGGCAGAGUCAGGACAACUCGUGACUAUACACUGCACAUACACCCUGCGACAGAACUGUAAUUUUGGUCGGUAUCACUGGAAUAACACGAAAAGUGAAAACAUAAAGUGUGACAAUGACUCUGGGAAACACACCUGUGAGUGGGAUCGUGUGAGUCACCUGUCCAUGACCAUCUCAGAUGUCAGGAAGGAGGAGAAUUACAGCGUUAACAUCCUGACUAACUGUGGGACGGUCACAUCGCCUCACAUCAAAGUACACAUAAUAAGUCCUGAUCCCUUUCGCUCCAUUAGUCCGACUCCUGGUCCAAUUGAGACGACCAAAACUCAUGUUCCGGUCCUCUUGGGGAUUUUCGUCCCUGUGAUAGCAUUGGGGAUUUUCGGUGCCCUGUUUGGAAAGAAAAUCAUUAAUCGUAUCAACAAGGCAACGCCACAAGAUAACGAUCCUGACAUGGAGCGUGACGUCCUGCAUGACAACAAAGAGCUGCAAGAAUUAGUCCUGAAACCCGGGAAUGAGUCAGCAUUUUUGGCACUUCCUGUUCCCAUGUGUUUUUGGUUGCCAAAAAAAAGGUCUGUGGUUAACCCAGAAAGAAGAGAUUGUUGUUCUACGACAUAACAUAUGUCAUGAAAUACCCCUAUGGGAAAUUUAGAAAAAACGGCGGUCUAAAUAAGUGUCUAAAUAAAGCGUCUUUGAGCAUUAGGAAAAGCACGAUAAAAAUCCCAUGUAUUAUUAAAUACAUAGCCGCCUUUAGCUUAGCGGUGGUGAUGUGAAGUCAUGUGACCGUGCUGUAGUUCCUUUAUA